AUAGAAAUUAAAGAAAAAAUAAUACUAAAAUUUUGAUACUAUCGUAGUACGGCGGUAAAUUGAAGGAUCCUAUAUAUACAAAACAAAAGCAAACCGAAUAAGUCGGAAAUUUUCGGAAUUUUAAUUUUUCAGAAAAACGAAAAAUGUUAAAAUUAUUAUUUUUAGUGGGCAUUACAAUAACAACAUGUUUAAGUUAUGAUCCUGAAAUGUAUCUUAAGGAAAAUGAUAAUUUUGGUGACACAAAAGAGGAUUAUUAUAUGAAUAAUUUUAAAGGACAAUACAGAUAUUCUUUCCAAAAUCAUAAUAAAAUUAAACAAUUUCAAGAUGGUUUCGCUGAUGGUGGUAAAGUUGGAUUUUAUGCAUUUGUUGGACCUGAUGGUAGAUUUUAUGUAACAUGUUAUACAGCUGUUAAUGGUUAUAGAGCAAAAAGUAUAAUUGUUGUCACAGAUAUGCCAUAUGAUGAUUUACAAGAUUUUUGUAAAAAUAAAUUUAAUGUUGCUACAAAUACAUUCUCUGAUUUAAGUGAUAUCAAAAGUUAUAUUGAAACAAAACAAAAAGAAAAAUCUACAGUAUCAACAGAAACUGAUGUUAGCAUAACUGGAAGAGUUAAAGGACAUACAGGAGGAUCUGUAACAGAUAGUCAUAUUAAAAAUGAUUUGAAAACUAAUAUAGAUACAGAAAUUGGAAUUUCCGGUCCCAGAAAGGGUUCCAAUGACAGUGGCGAAAUCCCAACAAGAGGAAGAACAAGAGGUAAAACAAGAGGCGGUGAUGAAAAUAAUCAAGAUCCAAAAAAUAAUGCUAAUGUUAGAGGUGGAAAAGCAUCAAUUAUAAGUGGUGAUAUUCCAGUAGGUGCAAAUAUCGAUUCGUCAAAUAAUAAUAAUAAAAAUAUUCAUUCAAAAGUUAGUGGAAAAGGAACAGAACCUGUAGAUUCAAAAGGCAAAGAAAAAAUUGAUUUAUCAUUAGGAACGAAUGUACCCGAUACGAAAAUUGUACUAACAGGAGGACAAAUACCAUUAACAGAUAAAACGCGGACACCACCAACAACUGACAUUUUAGUGCCAAUACAGGUAACAGACGCAAAAGUUCCUGGUAAAACGCAAAUGAUCUUUUCACCAAUCAAUAGUAGUAAUGAUAUUCCUAAAACAAAUGCAUUUACAACACCUAUUAGUACAGAGCCAGAAUAUAAACCAGAACUUCUAGAUAUACCAAUACCAGAUGAAGUUUAUUUUCCUGAAUCCUUAGAUCAAAAAAUUAUUUUUGAUCCAGCUAACGGAAAAGGAAAUAACCAAAAUUCGAUUCGUAAACCUAGUGAAGAAAAUAAUUCCAAUACUAAUAGAGUGAAAGGAAAACCCGGUUCAAGUACAGAACCUGUGAAAACUAAAGGCCCUUCAACGUCAGAUAAUACUGGAACAAGCAAUAGAAUUAAAGGACCUGGUGAUAAAAAUCAUCCUGAUACCAGCAAACCAUCUUCGAACACAAUAACUCCUGGUGCAAUCCCAAAUUUAAAUGAAAUAAAUGAAAAAAGUCCAAAAGAUCAUAUAAAUACUGGAAUUACUUCAACAGGAAAAGAAAUUGAUUCAAUUAAAAUAAACCCUUCAAAAACACAAACUAGAGGGCCAUCUAAUGUACCCCAAUCAGAAUCGAAUGAAAAAUUAAAUCUCCCAAAUAAAUCGGCACAUACACCAAAUCAAAGCCAAUCAAAUAUUUUAUCUCCAGUUCCAGCAAUCCAUUUAGAUAACUCAAAUAGACCAAAUAAUAUAUCACCUUCUGAUAAACAUUCUUCCGGUGAAAAGAACCGUAACCAAGUUUCCGUUGAAAUUCCUAUUCAGUCUUCUCAAGCACAACACACUGGAUCAGGUGAAAUAACGGGAUCUGUCUCCUUAUCAACUCCUUCCCUAGAUAGUGCGCGAAUUAUUGGAAUGCGAGGAAAACCUGUUUCAAAUAUUCCAGCCACUAAUGGAAUUAUUGACAAAACUACCGGGAUUCCUCUUCCGGGUACAGGUUUUAACGUAAAUAGUGGUGGAGGGAUAGCAACAGGAGCUGGAACUGGAACUGGAAGUGGCACUUUUAAUGUUAACAUUCCUCUUAGUGGUGGUAACAGUGGAAAUAAUAUCCCAAUUACAACUGGUAAAAACGACCCUAAAUUCCAAAUUAAUGUACCAUAUAUUGACAAUGCUAAUGGUUCUGGUAGAGGUGGAAGUAAAUUUAAUACUGGAAUAUCUACUGGGGAUGGUUCUUUCAAAACGGGUACUGGCAUUGGCGUUCACGGUUCCACUGAAUCUGGAAAAAUUAAUGGACAAGUCACUAACAGUGGAUCUAUUAAUACUCAUGGUUUACAACCUGAAGCUAAUAGAGUAACUGGAGGUAGUAAUUCGAUUGCCUACUCCGGUAAUAAGAACAAAUUAAAUAGUAAUUUAGUUACUAGUAUUCCUGCAACCAUACAUGGUAACAAUAUCGAAAAUGUUGGUAUCAGUAGUCACUUUGGUGGUGGAGGCGGCGGUGGCGGCGGUGCUGGUGCCGCCGGUGUUGGUGCCGACGGUGCUGGUGGCGGCAGUGCUGGUGGCGGCGGUGCUGGUGGCGGCGGUGGUGGUGGUAGUGGUUCAGGUCGUGACAGUAUUAGUAAUAACAAUCUAAAUACUCUUAAUUUCGGUUCCAAUAAAGAUUUAAAUAAUCCAUGUGUUGGACAAUUAGUAACGAAAGUUGUAACACAACCUGCCCAAACCGUUACUGUUACAAUACAACCGACUGCAACUCAACAACCAACCGUUUCUGUUCCCACAGCUUUAUCAAAAAAUUCGUGUCGAGCAAAAAUUGUUGUCGAAGACAGCAAUAGGAAAAUUGUUGUCUUACAUCCGACCGCAGCCGAAAUGAUGUCUAUUAAAGAAAGAGCAGCAAAAUCUUUGAAUUGUGGUAGUUUAUCAUUUUUAUCGAAAUAAUAAUACAGUC